AUGCAGAAGGGCUUUCUCAGGCCCAUCCAAGGGUACAUGGCCAAGAAUAACCACAGCGCCUGGAACGUGAUCUCCUUCCAUCGCGAUGGGAUCUACCGGAAGCUGGUGAGAACGCAGCACCUGCUCCGUUUCGCUGAAUUAUUGCCAAUGUUUCCGGAGGUGCCGCCGGAUUCCUUGCUAUGGGACUUCAUCGACAUCAUCAACAACCAGUCAGCCCCAAAGUCGUGCUACAUCUCCUUCUCCGCCACGAAGAGUCGGCGCAGCGACGUGAUGCUGCAAUAUCACAAGGCGGAGGCAAUCAUCGAGCACAUGGGCGACGUGUCCUCCCUGGAGGGCAAGGUGCAGAGGAUCCACGAGGACUACUUCAAGAAGCACAACUUGCUGUCGACCUUGUUCGACAAUCCAGCAGCGGACGUCUAUGCCCUGGACGGAGGGGCCACCCCGCAGCUGCAGAGCGUGUACGGCGCCCACGGGAACUCCGCGAACCUGGGCGGUGCUCCGGCUGUGACUAUUGCGGCGCACAGCUUGGACAAGCCCAAGGCCGUGUUGGAGGUCGUCUUCAAAGAGCCCAUCUCGGCGUCUCGGCUCGAGUGA